AUGGACAAAAGUUAGAUAGAUUUAUAUUCAGUUAAUUAAAAAUAUUACGAUAUUCUUUCAAUAGAUAGCUAUUUGAACUCUUAAAACUCUGAUUUUCUGGCUUAGAAUGUUAAAUUUUUUGAAAAACUAAUUGCUUUUAGUAUUAAAUUUAAAGAAAGUGCGCUCAAUUCCUAUUCUUCGAUUGAAGAACUCUGUAGGAAUUUAUAAUUCUUAGAAAAAUUAAAAUUUCUUUAAUUAGAUAUUGAUACUUAACUUCAGAUUAUACCAAGCUCUGAAUUUUUUAUUGAACUUGGAAAAUCUUUAACUCAUUUGAAGGAUCUAGAGUGUCUAUGCUUAUCUUCUUAUGUACCUGAAACAAUUAGUGAAUAAUAGUUAAACUAAUUUAAAAUAUAACUAGAAUAGCUACAGAAGCUUAUUUGCAUAAAUUUCAAAUUUAAAUUUGUCGCAUAGAAUAGCCAUAUAUUUUUAAAAGAGUUUGCUAACUUUUUCUAAAAUCUUUAGCAAAUUGAAAACUUGAAUUUAUAGUUUGAAUUCUAAAAUUAGUUGGCAAAUGAAAUAAAUUGCGUAAUUCCUAGAGUUUAUAACUUAAACAAUUUAAAGUAGAUUAGAAUAAGUGUUAGAGAUCAUAAUAAUUUAUCAAUUAGUAAUAUUUAACAAUUUUAGAAGGAUUUAAUUGGCUUAAAUUCUUUGAGUGAUUUAAAGUUAUCAUUCCAAAUUACAAAUACUAGCUUAACAUAAUAAUUAAAUGAAUUACUAAAUACCUCACUUACCUUAAAAACACUUGAAAAGCUUAAUUUCCAAAUAUUAUUUUAGAAACGCUAAGAGUUUUAAUUUAUGAUUGGAACAGAAUUAACAGACCCAACAAAUUUGAGUAAAUUUAAAAUAAAAUUAUUAAAUAGUUGUCAUGAAGAAACAAAAGACUUUCAAGUAAUUUUUGAUGAAAAUAUUAAAAAUUUAAUCAAUUUAAAUAAAUUACACAUUGAAGUAAAGUUUAUCAAAAUGUAUGAACAUUCUUACCAUAACUUAGGUAAUUUAUUAAGAAUAAGUAAAAAACUUCAGAAUUUGAAUAUAAUAUCUAAUUGCGAUAUAAAUGAGGAUUAAUUUAUUUAAUUCGGUAAAACAUUUUCUAAUUUAAGUUCUCUCAAAUAGCUUAAGUUAGAGGUAAUGAUGAACAAAUUCAAUCAAGACAAGUAUGGUUUUAUGGAUGGAAUUUCUUCACUAGUUUAAUUGGAGGAACUGGAAUUAGGGUCCUUGUAUUAUUUCCUUGGAGAAAAUUUACUUGAUACAUUUUCAUAUUUAGUCAAUUUGUAAAGUUUUAGUUUAAGUUCAUAUUUGAAAGUAACAAAUAAGGAUUUAGAAUCUUUUGGGAAUUCUCUUAUCUAUUUAAAGAGUUUAAAUAACUUAAAAAUAAAAUUACCAUUAAAUCAUGAUACUCAAAAUAUCAGCAAUAUUUCAAGUAGCAUAGGCAGCUUAUUAAACCUCAAAAUUUUAAAUAUUUAAUUAUAUGAUUUUCUUUUCUACAAUUUUUCUCUAGACAUUGAUCAUUGUGUUUAAUUAUUUAAAAAUGUUAGUAACCUCUCUAAUUUGAUAGAGUUGAAUUUAGAAUUUUAAACAAAGUAAGAAUUUUAGUAACAAUUUGAGAACGCCUUGGUCAAUUCAAUUAUGAAUCUCCCAAAGCUUAGAAAACUUAAAGCAAAUGUCUAACAAUUAGGAUUAGUAAAAAUAAUCAGAAAGCACAAAAGAUUAGUUAUAUUAUAUUUAAUUUGA